GAGCCAAUGGGCAGCCAGCGUAACGGUCGCCCCGUUGCAUGCCGGGCGGCGUAGUCUUGCAAGCGCUGUGAGGUGGAAAAAGGCCUCGGCCGAAGCCCGAGACUGGGUUGAGCGGCGGAGCCCGGUCCUGAGCGCCUUCUCCGGGCCUCCCCGCGGCGGCCUUCGCCUCCUCCCCCGCCUCGCCCACCGCGCCUCGCCUCCCGCGCGCCAAGAUGGCGGCCGAGGUGGACUUCGGCGACCGCGAGCUCUUCCAGCAGCUGGAGGCCGACGAGGAGGCGCCCUCCGACCUGAGGCCCGGCCCGGCGGAAGAAGCGGCGGACCUCCGCGAGCGGCUGAGGGACUCCGAGGAGACCGUUAGGCAGCUGCGGGCGGAGAAUCAGGAACUCAGAAGAAAACUGAACAUCCUGACUCGACCAAGUGGACUAAUAGUGGAUGACUGUAAACUUGAUGGACCUUUGUUACAGAUCUUGUUCAUGAAUAAUACCGUUUCAAAGCAAUAUCAUCAAGACAUAGAAGAGUUUGUAUCCAGUUUAGUUCAGAAAUACGAGGAGCAGCAGAGGAAUGAAUUGGACAAGGCCUGCUUCAAUGUUAAGCCUCAGCCUUCUAGCUUUGUCCUGGAAGAGGAUCAAAAAGUAACAAGCUCAAAUGUGUCCAAAAAAGUCAAAGAGGCUUUUAGCGUUAUAGGAAGUGUUCUCUAUUUUACCAAUUUUUGUCUUGAUAAACUGGGGCAGCCUAUAUUAAAUGAAAAUCCUCAGCUCACAGAUGGAUGGGAAAUACCCAAAUACCAGCAAGUUUUCACGCAGAUUCUUUCUCUAGAUGGGCAAGAGAUACAAGUAAAGUCUAAAAGCAGGCCCAAAUCUCAUUGUUUCAACUGUGGCUCUGAAGAUCACCAGAUGAAAGAUUGCCCACAGCCACGAAACUCUGCCCGCAUAAAUGAAAAAAGAAAAGCUUUUAUGGAGGCCUGCGGGGAAACAGGCAGCCCAAAUUUCCAGCAGAGGUACCACGCGGAUGAAGUGGAAGAGCGGUUUGGACGCUUCAAACCAGGAAUAAUCAGCGAGGAACUCCAGGAUGCCCUCGGUGUCACCGAGAAGACGCUUCCUCCCUUCAUCUAUCGCAUGCGGCAACUGGGUUAUCCUCCAGGCUGGCUGAAAGAGGCAGAGAUGGAGAAAUCCGGCUUAACGCUCUACGACGGAAAAGCGUCGCCCAGCAGUGAGGCAGAGGAGGAGCCCCACCAGCAGAAUCCCCGGGUCACGUACGAUCUCUCCAAGUUGAUCAACUACCCAGGUUUUAACAUGUCCACUCCAAGUGGGGUCGCAGACGAAUGGCGGAUGUUCGGCUCGGUACCUCUUCAGCCAUCCCAGCAGAAAGAAAUUUUUGCUCAUUAUCUUUCCACUUACCAUUCGGCCAAUCUCAAAUCCAGGCCCAAAAGGCCUCCCUCUCGCCAGAGCUCCCAUCAUUCGAAACGGCAGAAAGGAAGCAGCGUUGAAAUCCCACCAGCUGACAUGGAGAUCGACUCUGAUCUAGAAAUGCCCCCUAGCCCUCCCGCUUACGACGGCUUCCACUUCCAGCCUCCGUUGCCUCCGGGGUCUCCGCUGACCGCCACUCCCCCCCCUCUGCCGCAGGGCACCCCGCCAGGGACCCCCCCCAGCCUGACUUCUCCUCCACCUCAACCGCUGUCUUGUGUGCCAGCAGCCCUGCCUCGCGACACCCCGCCUUGGACGCCGUCUGCCCCGCGGCCGGAGGACUCGGCCAUGGAUGAAGAUACCUUGACCCUGGAGGAGCUGGAGGAGCAGCAGCGGUUGAUUUGGGCGGCCCUCGAGCAGGCGGAGAGCGCCAACAGCGACUCGGACCUCCCAGCCGGGACUCCCAUGGCCGGCAACUCUGGGACGUCGACCCCCUGCAGGACGGAGCCUUCCGUUCCCCUGGAGGAAGCAGCCCCCCAACCGCCAGAGGUCUCCGAAGCUGAGCCCAAGCAGGAACCCCAGGCUGCCGAAGAGCCUGGUCCUCAACAGGCCAUUGAACUAGUGGAUUUGACAACCGAGGCGGAAGCCAUUCCCACAGACUCUGAAAGCCAAGACCAAACCUGCUCCUCGGAUCCCGCCGGCUGCCUGAAUCACAGCGACGCUCCCGCCCUUCCCAAUGCCAGCGAGUCGCCUUCCUCCAAGCCUCCUGGCCUCGUUCCCGACAUGAGCAAGUUUGCUGCUGGGAUCACACCUUUCGAAUACGACAACAUGUCGGAGUCCACCGGGACUUACCUCCGGAUAAGGAGCGCGCUGAAAAAAUACCCAAGAAGCCAGCUGAAGAAUAAGAAACUUUCCCUUUAACAGCCCAACUCGGGCCAGGGACAAACAAACCAAAAAA